AUGGGUUCCAGAAGAUACGAUUCAAGAACUACAAUUUUCUCCCCCGAAGGGCGUUUAUAUCAAGUGGAAUAUGCGUUAGAAUCUAUUUCUCAUGCUGGUACUGCCAUAGGUAUUAUGGUUGAAGAUGGUAUUGUGCUUGCUGCAGAAAGAAAAGUUACUAGUACUCUACUAGAGCAAGACACAUCAGUUGAAAAAUUAUAUAAAUUAAGUGAUAAGAUCACUGUUGCUGUUGCAGGGUUGACUGCUGAUGCCGAGAUUCUGAUAAAUACCGCUAGAGUGUUUGCUCAAGAAUAUUUGAAGUCUUAUAAUGAGGAAAUACCUGUGGAAAUCCUAGUUAGAAAAUUAAGUGAUAUAAAGCAAGGUUAUACGCAGCAUGGUGGGUUGAGACCAUUUGGUGUCUCCUUUAUUUACGCAGGGUACGAUGAUAGAUAUGGAUUCCAAUUAUACACAUCCAACCCAUCAGGGAAUUAUACUGGUUGGAAAGCCAUUAGUGUUGGUGCAAACACAUCUGCUGCUCAAACUUUGUUACAAAUGGAUUAUAAGGAUGGAUUGACUGUGGAUGAAGCCAUUGAGUUGGCUUUGAAGACAUUAUCAAAAACUACUGAUAAUAGUUCUUUGACUCAUGAUAGAUUGGAAUUUGCAACAAUUAAGAAAAAUAAAGAAACUGGAGAAAUAUAUCAAAAGAUUUACAAACCAGAAGAAAUUAAGGAAUUAUUAGUGAAAACUAAGAUUGUUAAAGAGGAUGAUGAAUCUAAGGAAUAG